AUGUCGACAAAAGAAGGAGACAGCAGUGUUCCACUCGAAAUACAGCUGCGGGGUCCUGGAAUGCAGCAGCUGUACUCCCAGGCCUGCCGCCAGGGAGCGCGACCGGUGCACAGCGUGCGCGGGCUCGUGGUUGGUCAGUUCAGAUCCGGGAAGACGUGUGUCGUCAGGAGGCUGACGGGAGAGAAGGCUGUGGAGAAUGAACCGAUAACAGACGGCAUCGAGAUUUCACCCAGCGUGAAGACCAAGACUUGGCGGAAGGCAAAAGAGGAGCCAGACGAAUUCAAGGAAACCAUGGCAGAACGCCUGGCAGAACAACAAGAACGGGACAAACCACGCACCCGGACAUCGUCAGGAGCACAAGGAGCAGUCAGGAGAAAGUCUACAGAAAAAGCACAAAAAAUGACAAGGAAACUGACGCAGCAGGUGAAACCACCGAAGGACGAGAUGCCGAUGCAAAGUCAACAGACACCAAAACUGCAGAAAGAAGAUGAGGGGAAGACAAGUCAGAUUCAGCAGAAGGAAGGCACUGUGGUCAAGGUGUCCCAGAUACAACAUAAGAAAGAGGCCAUGUCUAUUCUGUUGGUUAACGAUAAGUAUGGCACGUCCCAUGGAGGUAACUCUACCAAGAACCGUCAGGUGGCGAAGUUUCUGAAACUCCAUGGUGCUACAGUUCAUACUACGGCUUUGCAAGCAUCUGAAGAUGACAAGAGGUGUGCCAAAGAGGAUGGUGUCUUUCUGCAUCUGCCUGUCAAAAAUCCCAGGGACAAGAGGACGCCAUGUUUGGAAUGGUUAACCUUUGAGCACAACAGUCAUUACCCAGACAUACCACAUGAUCUGAAGUGCAUUGUGGGCCAUGUAGAUGUCACAAGUGGAGCUGCAAAGAGCAUACAAGAGAGCCGCUGCCAAAACGCAAAAUUGGUCCUUUUCAACCACGACAUGCCAGAAGACACGGAGUACUGCAAGGGACCUAAGAAGGCGAUGGCCGCGGGGACGAGGAUGGAAGACAUCCUUGAGGAUGCCAAAAAUGCAGGUGCCGUCUUCUCCUUGGGAAGAAGAAUCUACAAUUACUUCGAGACGAAGUAUAUGGCACUUGGAGAUAGCAAACCAAAACAUCACUUCGUGUUUCUUCCAAGACCAUCCCCAGUGUUUGAAGCCAUCUCUGUUAGACCAGGAGGAGGAGAGAAAGUCGUGCUGUCUGUCGGGAGAGUGACCGAAGUGGACAAGCUGAAAGGCCAUGACCUGGUAGCACGGGCCUUGGGGGAGGUCGCAGAGAAGAUCACAAACGUCAGAUUGUGUGUUCGUGGGAUAGAUGAAGAUGACUGGGAAGCGAGCAAGAGAAUCCUGGAGGAGAACCUGCACAGUAGUAAGAUCAAACCCACCCUGUUGCCACGUGGAACCCAGGAGGACAUCGCUCAGGACAUGCAGCAGGCCCACCUGGUCCUGAUGCCGUCCCGUGCCGAGCCUUAUGGACUGAUCGGUCUGGAGGCCAUCGCAGCAGGCAUCCCUGUACUCAUCUCUGACAAGUCAGGGCUAGCAGACAUGAUCAUGGACUUGGUCAAGGAGAGGAAGUUACCUGCAGACAUGAGGCACAGGAUCGUGAAAACCAGCGUGAGGGAGUCCGACCUGGCUGAGGAUGCAAGAAAAUGGGCAGAAAGGAUCGCAGAUACCUUGGAAUUCUCUGAGUCAGAAUUCGACAAAGCAGCAGAGUACAAGAAGAAGCUGUUGGAGUCCAAGUACUGGGAAGAGUCGCACCAAAACCUGCUGAGGGUGUGUGGCGUUAAUGAGUGACUCUAGAUGCGUCCACUCUUCCACGUGUCAGAUUCACUAAUUGCUGAUUUUGAUCAACAGACUUUUAAUGCAAUCAGUACAGUUUAAAAGCAAAGUAUUGCAUGACAGUGGCCUCAUCUAUUAGUUGCCAUGUACAAUUUCAAAGAUAUACUCAUUUACAAUGACACUGUCUAUUGUCUCUAUACAGGCCUUAUAAUGUACGCUGCAAUUAUUUAGGACGACGUAGCCAGGUCGUCGUGGAUUACUUUUGUACAUGUAGUAUGAUAUCAAUAGGAACUUAAAAUGACCAAUAGACGUAAUUUUCAAUCUCGUGUAAACUUAAUUUUGUAUAUAAACCUGUAUCAAAUGGAGAGUCAUCUAAUAUACAUAUAAGCAUGGCAUGCCCCGGCAAGCUAUUAUGAUAGUCAUAUUUACAGUACUUUGAAGGAAAUUUAGAAGAUGAAAAAGAAUCUAAUGUACAUAUACACGUUUUAAGUGUGGGAACAUUAGUAAGUUUAUACUCUGUUAUAACUUGAAUAUUGUUUAUUACUUAUAAGUACUGUUUUGUAUCCUUGAUAUUGUAAGUUUAGCAUUUGUUAGAUGUAGGUGUAAUAAUAUAUUGUGUUUGUUUUUGUUUGCCUGCAAGUAUUUUGAAAAUC